AUGGAGGAGUACGAGUACUUAUUCAAAAUAAUCCUUGUUGGAGGUACCGGUGUCGGGAAGACUAGUCUCGUGCAGCGUUACACACAGGGUAUCUUUCACCAAAAUACUCUUGCAACUGUUGGAGUCGACUUCAGGGUCAAAACUGUGAACGUGGAUAAAGACAAAGUUAAGUUACAAAUCUGGGAUCCAUCUGGUCAGGAGCGUUUUCGCUCAGUUGUCCACUUAUACUAUCGCAAUGCACAAGCCGUCGUCUUUGUUUACGAUCUGACUCAUCAGCGCACUUUCGACAGGUUGCCGGAUUGGAUGGACGAGAUUGAAAGGAACUGUAGCGGAAGAGUUCUGAAAAUUCUGGUAGGAAACAAAGCCGACAGAAUACAUGAAUCGUUGAAAGUACCAGUGAUGAUUGCUCGAGAUUUUGCUGCAGCAAAUCACUUUCAUUACUUUGUGGAAACUUCAGCUCUUGAUAAUACCAAUGUGGACGUUCUUUUCCAACAAGUUGCACGAAGAUUACGAGAUAGUCUUAAAACGCCUUCUUUCAGAAAUGAAUCAAAGCAUCGAUUAGCGUACGGGCGUGGACUUUGGUCAUUUUAUCAGUUGACUGGUAUCGGCGACAACAUGCCGUUCAGGCCUUCAUUUUCUCAAAUAGGAGCAGUCAGGAUGUGCUCAAGAACGACAUCAUACCGCCAUGCGAAACUGGGUGGAUUUUCUCAGACGCCGCCAGUGUUGCACAAUCCUUUCAACGACGAUCCUAUGCUAAAACGAACACUACGUCGAAUCCUACCUGAACAGGACUACAAGCGUGUGAGAUAUGAACGAGUUCUACUCAUGGUGCAAAUCUUAAGCCAUUCCUUAAAGGUUGAAAAAGACUUGAGCCGAUUUGGUGAGCGUAUAGUAGAAGAAAUCGACCGUCUUGGAAGGAUAUGUGAGCUGAACCAGCCGAAGCUGGAGCAGUUUGACGCUUGGGGUAGAAGGGUGGAUGAAUUGGUUGUAUGCCCGGAAUGGAAUCGUCUCAAAGAAAUUUGUGCGGAGGAAGGACUAAUUUCGAUUGGUUAUGAGAACGAUGUUCAUCCUCUUACGAGACGUAUUCAUCAGUUCGCGAAAAUCUACUUGUUUUCACCCUCUGCCGGUCUCACCACAUGUCCAAUGGCAAUGACAGAUGGAGCUGUCAAGACUCUGAAGGCACUAGGACUCGAAGGGAGACACAGUUUGGCAACAGAGUCAAUCAGCCGUCUUCGCUCUACCGAAGGUAAGAAAGCGUGGACUUCGGGACAGUGGAUGACAGAGAAAAAAGGCGGAAGCGAUGUGGGUGGAGGAUGUGAUACGUAUGCUGAGCACGUCGACGGAGACACG